CGAACAUUUGAUUUUUCUUAAGAAACAGAAAUGCGCUUCUUUUUUUCUUCAGAGAAAUGCAACACAGCUCCGGCGACGGACUGAUUCCGAAUUCAAGGUUCCAGUCGGCGAAAUCACGAUCUACAGUUCCGAGUAAGUAGUUGUUAACCUCAAAAGGAAAAGACAUGGCUGGUAGAGAGAAAUCGAAAGAGUUGAGUCAGAGGUUAAAUGAGUUAGAUAGGAUAAGCAAUUUACCAGAUGCUUUGAUAUCUGAGAUACUUGUUCAUCUUCCCAUCAAAGAAGCUGGAAGAACAAGCGUUUUAUCCACCAGAUGGAGAAAUCUCUGGCUUUGGCUUCCUCGUUUGGUGUUGGAUUCUGAAGAAUUCUCAUCUACGAGUACAUUUGUGAGUUUUGUUGACCGGUUUUUCGAUCCCGACAGAGUUUCCAGCAUAGACAAGCUCAAGCUAAUCGCUGAUAGAUAUAGAUAUCCAUGUAAUCUCAUGCCAUGGAUUGAAGCUGCGAUUAAGCGCAAGGUCCAACGUCUACAUGUUCAUGGUUAUGUUUCUGCCAUGCCCUUAAGCCUUUAUACCUGUGAGACACUGGUAUCUUUAAAACUCUUUGGGGUGCACUUGCCUAAUGCAGGCUUUGUUUCCUUACCUUUUCUGAAGACUAUGCGCUUAAAACAUAUUUGGUAUCUCAAUCAGUCCACUUUCGAGAGACUUGUCUCAUCCUGCCCUGUCCUGGAAAAGCUAGAGAUUAUCGGAGGUGUCAAUGAUAUUGCACCGGUGUUUCGUGUGCUCUCUAAGUCGUUGGAGAAGCUCAUUAUAUUAAUGCGCUAUAGUGAAUAUGAAGUUGUGAUUGAUGCUCCUCGACUACGCUUUCUGAUCAUCGAAGUUAACCUAUCAAAAAGCUUUAAAAUUACCAAUAUGGAUUUCAAUGUCGGUCUUUCUCUCGGCUUUGUAGUGAGGGGUUUUGUUGAACCAAACCUUUUAUCUCAGAGAAAUAGAUUAAGCUGUUUUCUCCUAAGGAUUUCGAAGGUCCGGAAUAUGACAACAAAUGGAGACACUUUCAGGCUUCUCUGUGAAUACUCAAAACUAGAACUGCUGCCUCAGUUUGGUUACAUGUCCCGCCUGAAUCUACGCGGCGUCUGUUAUUCCUAUUUGAAAUGGCUACCAGCCUUUCUUGAGAGCUGUCCAAACUUGAAAGCCCUCCGUUUGGUUUGCUACUACGCUGAGAAUGAGGAACUGCAGAUCGAGAAGAAGAAUCAAAUCAGUCUUCCAUCUGUGCCUGAGUGUUUGCUAUCGUCUCUCGAGCAUGUUGAUUUCGAUGUCCCAAGGUCACGACUUGCUCCAGAAAUGAAGGUUGUAAGGUAUUUCAUGGAGAAUUCGGCAAACCUCAAGAAACUCUUUCUGCAUUGGCAUGGUCAUCAUUCAGCAAAACCUGACUUCAUCAAGAAACUCCGCAAGAUCCCAAGACGCUCUACCAAAUGUGAAGUCGUAAUUUUAGAUUGGUAAUUAAUAGAGAGAAGAUAGUGAGGUUUUAAGAUGAAUUUUGGUGUCAAAACAAAGUGAAAAAUGCUUUACUAGUUUCAUGGGGGUUGUUUACUAAGUUGUCAGGUGAUAAUGAUAUUAUUAGCUUUUGUUAUUUUGCUACUUUGGUUUCUGAAUAUUAUUGAACUUUCAC